AUGCAAAUAAGAGACGUUUUGCGAAUAUUAUUGGUUCUAUGUGUUUUUCAAAGAGAAGAAUGCACUGCAAUCAAAUGUUAUCAAUGUAGUAGUAAAAAGGAUGAAGAUUGUUCCAUUAACAAGGUACAUUACAAAUAUUUAAAAUCGUGUCCAUCGGGUCAUUCUUAUUGUCGUAAAGCUGUUUACGUGUAUUAUUUUAUGGGUUCAUAUGAUAGUGUAACAAUGCGUGAAUGCGCAAAAUUACGAAAUAGCCAAAAGGAAUGUUAUCAAGGACGCUAUACUCGAGACAGUUAUCAACUUAUUUGUGAAUGUAUGGGUUACGGUUGCAAUUCCUCUCAACAAUGUUUACCCAAUCUUGUGCUCUACUUUCUGUGUAUAGUUUUAAUGAUUGUUAUUUUAUUACCAGACGUAAUUAUUUAA